AUGUACCCAAAUCCGUUAAAGGCAAUAUCAAGGAAGUUAACCGAUGAUAUUGUUAUCACUUCAGUACCAUUCACCAGGCUGAAUUUGUUCAACUUUGGUGGGAGAAUGGCAUUGCUCAAGUUUGGCGAUGAUAUUAUAGUAUGGUCGGCUAUCCCACAUUCUGUGGAAGUGGAAAAGGCAAUUGCCUUAUUUUCCUCACCAACCGCUUCUGUAACACAUCUUAUUAUUCCAGAUCAAGAGCACACAUUAGCCGCAGUCUCAUUUAAGGAAAAGUAUCCAAAUUUGAAAAUAAUUGGUCCUGAGACUGUGGACUUGGGCCCUAAAACUCCAAUCGACUAUAAGCUUACCGAGAGCUUAGCUAAUAAAAUUCUUGAUAAGACAAAUUUACUGGAAGAUUUGGGCGUAGAUUCCAGCUCAGCAUUGAAUAAUUUACAAUUUGUCUACUUCCCAAGCCACGCCAAUAAGGAAUUGGUUGUAUAUGAUACAAAAUCAAAGAUAUUAUUUGAAGGUGAUUUACUUUUCAAUUUGGGUGCGCAUGAACCUUCUGAACAAUACAGCCCUGCCACUGGAUAUGCAAAGGAUUUCAAUCCUCACGGAGGGCUCUCUUUUUUGACGCGCUACAUGCAGCCUUACAGUAAGGUAGGAGGUGCCCUUAUGAGAAAGGUUCUGUCGGCAGGCACUCCUCAAGCUAAGAGAGGUUUACAAGCCAUUUACAGUUGGGAUUUUGAACAGGUUGUUCCAUGCCACGGUAACGUUAUCAGCAAGAAUGCGAAAGAAGCAUUUGCCAAUGUUUUCAAAUCUUCUCUCGAGAAAUAG